GUUGAGAUUUAUCUGAACAAUAAAAGGUUACGUUGCGGUUGUUUGACUGCUUUAUCAAUAAAUGUGACUUUUGCCGUACUUUGAUAUUUAUCACGAAUUAAACUACCUCAAACUACCUGCCAAUGUAAACUAAUUUACUAAUUCGAACUAACCGUGUGUCAUUUGAAAAAAACCGGCAAAACAACGUUGUGGUGGUUCUGUUCAGUUAAAUUGAUGAAAGAAACCAUCAUGAAUCAAGAAAAGCUUGCGAAGAUGCAGGCGCAAGUCCGUAUAGGUGGAAAGGGUACUGCCCGCAGAAAGAGGAAGGUGGUGCACAGAACAGCAACUGCAGAUGACAAGAAGCUUCAGUUCUCCCUAAAGAAACUUGGCGUUAAUAAUAUUUCUGGCAUUGAGGAGGUUAACAUGUUCACAAACCAGGGAACUGUUAUCCACUUCAACAACCCGAAAGUGCAGGCGUCACUGGCUGCCAAUACAUUCACUGUCACGGGUCACGCGGAGACCAAGCAGCUGACAGAGAUGCUGCCCACCAUCUUGAAUCAGCUCGGUGCUGACAGCCUGACCAGCCUCAGGAAGCUGGCCGAGGCCCUGCCGAGGCAGGCUGGAGAUGGCCGGGCACCCCUUGCUGUUGGUGAGGAUGAUGAAGAAGUUCCAGCUCUUGUGGGGACCUUUGAUGAAGCUUCGAAGAAUGAAGCGAACUGAAGAGGACCAGAUUAAGAUGUGUUCUCUGAUUUACAGAUGGUCUUGAAAUAGUUUUUUUUUUAUUAACCACUAUUGUCUGUUUGCCACCCAUUUUUAGGGCACAUGUAUGUUGCCUUAAAAAUCACUCAUGAUAUUCCAGUAUAUUUCACUAAUUACUCAGUUCUGCUUAUAUUUCUGGUAUCUCCUGCUAGUAAAUAUAAAACCAAGUUAUAUUUCGAAAUGUUCAAGUGGAAGCAACAUUUGGAUAGGCCAAAUUUCCUUCCUCUUCCUACAUUUGUCUGCAGCAACACUUGCGUUUGAUGAAAAAUAAGCAGUUUGACAUUUUCGAUUUUUCAGUGCAGUGUAUUUACCACUGUCACUUUAUAACUGGAUUGUGCAGUGCACUGUGGAGUUACGGUGACCCUCAGAUAUUUACAUAGGUGUUGUCAUAUUAGUGCCAACACUUGGACUAUUAUCUGGAAUCUUACUCUACAUUUGGGUGCAGUGAAUUGACUCAUACACAAAAAUCUUGAUUUGUGUUGGUAGUUCCAGGUGAUGAAUGUGGCAUACUAUGUGUAUACUAUUUACAAUAUAUUCAGAACUUUCAGAAAAACCUCAAAGCAAUGCAUUCAGAGACUGUUUAAUAUAUCAAGUUGCUAUUCAUUAAGGAAUGGUUGGGGGGGGGGGGCGUGUUGUGUGUCACACAUGAUUAAAACAAAAUGCCAAGUUUAUCAAAACAGGAUGCGUUGAAGGUGUGUUGUGUGUAACUUACUAAACUAUUGAUAUUUGUUCUUUUGGGAACAAAAUACAAAAUGACAUCUAUUUAAACAAAUGUGUUUUUGUGAUUUACUGUAUGAAAUGACAGAUGCAAUCAACAAGUAGUAACUUGAUAUCCUAGUUUGUUUAAGGCAGGUUAUUUAAAAUAUGGAAUAGUUAGUUAAAAAGACUGCUCAUUAAAUUCAUCAGAGACUGACAAGCAAACUCACAAUUUAAAUGAUUUUAAUAAAUUCUCAAAAACAGCAUGCUUUUGUAUAAAACACAUCCCAAAAUUACAACUUAAGCAUAGUCUGCAACUCUUACCACAGAUUAUGUCACCAUGCAACUCCAGUGCCUUGAAUUUGCUUUUCAUUCAUAAGCAGUUUCCUGCUUAACUGCUGCAUGUUUCUAACCAAAAAAAAAAAAAAAACGUAUAUUUUAAAAAU